AUGGCUCAAGAAGAGUUUCCUUUACAUUUUCUGGUGUGGAACAAUCUGUAUCAGGAGCUUGACCAGGAGAUGCAAAAGAAAGAGCAAAAUCUAGAGCGGGUGGAUCCGAGGGGGCGCACCCCACUGGAGCUGGCAGUAUCCCUGGGCCACCUGGAGUCCACCCGAGUGCUGCUCAGAUACACCGCAGACCCGACGCACUGCAACGCACAAGGCUGGACGAUUUUGCAGGAGGCAGUGAGCACUGGGGACCCAGAGUUAGUUCAACUGGUGCUUCAGUACAGAGACUUCAAACGUGCGACUGAGAGGCUGGCAGGUAUCCCAGAACUGCUGCGCAAGCUGAGAAAGGCACGGGACUUCUAUGUUGAGAUGAAGUGGGAGUUCACCAGCUGGGUGCCUUUGGUUUCCAAGGUGUGCCCCAGUGAUGUGUACCGUGUUUGGAAGAGUGGCUCGUGUCUCCGUGUAGAUACCACCCUCCUAGGUUUUGAGCACAUGACCUGGCUGAAAGGACGACGGAGCUACAUCUUCAAGGGUGGAGAUGACGGGGCCGUGGUCAUGGAGGUGGACCACGAAAAGCAGGUGGUGUACACGGAGCCGCUUGUAUUGUCUCCACGUGAUGCGCCCUCCCUGCUGGCGGCCAUGCAGCCGUCGCAGGAGAACACAGCGCAAAGACUCACAUCACCGAUUGUUGCUACGCACCUCAACACCCGCAACAUUGCUUUUGAGCGGAACAAGUCUGGGAUUUGGGGCUGGCGUUCUGAAAAAAGUGAGAUGGUUAGUGGAUAUGAAGCAAAGGUUUACAGUGCAACCAAUGUGGAGCUGGUGACUCGGUCAAGAACGGAGCAUCUAUCAGACCAGGAUAAAUCACGGAGCAAAGGCUCCAAAACUCCUCUGCAGUCUUUCCUGGGAAUUGCUGAACAGCACACAGCUCACAAUGGGAGUAAUGUGUCCCAGUGCGCCAGUCCACACAACCCCACCGCUAUCACGGCUGAAGAAUACUUUAAUCCAGACUUCAACCUUAACGGCCGGGACAUUGGACGCCCCAUUGAGCUCACUAGCAAAGUGCAGAGGUUCAAGGCUAAUCUGUGGUUGAGUGAAACUCACCCUCUGUCAUUAGCUGAACAGGUGACGCCCAUUAUAGACCUCAUGGCCAUCUCCAAUGCUCACUUUGCUAAGCUUCGUGACUUCAUCACCUUACGCUUGCCUCCAGGUUUUCCUGUCAAAAUAGAGAUUCCGCUGUUUCACGUGCUGAACGCCAGAGUCACCUUCAGUAACUUGUGUGGCUGUGACGAGCCUGUAAGCUCAGUGACUGUUCACAAACCAGAGGGGUCAGAAGAAGCAGGACAGUCAACUGCUCCCUUUCAAUGCGAGGUUGACCCCUCUGUGUUUGAGCCCCCGGCAGACUACACCACCCUCGGACCGGGCCGCAGUGAGCCAAUGAGGGAUGAGGAUGACAACUUGCUGCAGUUCGCCAUCCAGCAAAGCCUUCUGGACGCUGGAACAGAGAGUGACCAGGUGACCAUCUGGGAGGCGCUAACCAACAGUCGGCCGGGACCCCAAUCGCCCCUAUAUGAGGAAGACACUCAGUUGGAGAGAGCCAUUCAGGAGUCUCUGUCUAUCUCAUUGGCUAGCAGAGUAGGGGCAGACGAUGUGCAAGAUCCCAACCAGCCCCCAUCAGACUCUCCCAUGGACUCCACCGCCAAUUAUCCACUCUCCUUUAAUACGGCGAGUGAACCAGCGUUAUCGGGACACUUCGGUGGGGCUAGCAGCUUCGAUGAGCAGCUGCGUAUUGCUAUGGAGCUCUCAUGCCGUGAGCAGGAGGAGAUUGACAGGAAGCGGAAAGAGGAAGAAGAGGAACUAGAGAGGAUCCUACAGCUGUCACUCACCGAGAAGUAA